ACAUUAAUAAACUCACCACCCAGGCAGUGGAACAAGCUUGUUUUGGCUUUAGUUCCAAAAUGAUUGUUUCUGAAGAACAAGAAGAAGAAGAAGAGAGAUGUCCCAAACCCAAACAGCACCACUCUCGUCCUCCCAGUCUCCACCUAUGCCUCUUGCUCUUCACAGUCCUGGUGGCCGCCUUGUUCAUUGUCACUAUUUUCUCUUUUCUCACCAGUUCUCCCUACAUUGAUAGUACCCACAACUUCGAUCUUCAUUUCUCGGAAAUCAAAUUCCCUCCAGAGAGAAAUCGAAAUCCAACUCUAUCCCAUUCUACUACAUUCCCACCAAGUUCUUUUACUGCAGAUUUAGCACCACCAUUACCACCACUUCCUCAAGCAGUAAUAAAGUCAAAGCCAAAUAUUAAGGCAGUGGACACAACAAUGGAAGAAUCAGGUCCCUAUCACAAUUGGCAACUCUUUGUUGAAGAUUUCAAGGAAAUGAUGCGCAAUUUCAAGAUAUAUGUUUAUCCUGAUGCAACAAACCAAACCCAGUCCCAGUUUGGUCCCAUUUUCCUUCCCCACCAAAACCCAUUUGAUCCAAAGCUAGGAAACUACUUCAGUGAACACAUGUUCAAACUAUCUCUUCUUCAAAGUUCCCUCUUAACACUCCAUCCCCAACAAGCCCAUCUCUUUUUCUUGCCUUUCUCAGUCAAUCUUCUAAGGAACGACCCUCGUGUUCACUCCGAAGCUUCAAUCUCUGAGUUUGUCUCUCAAUACAUUACCAGAAUUCGCAGAGACUUCACAUUCUGGAAUGCCUCUGCUGGUGCAAACCAUUUCUACGUGUACUGUCAUUCAGUUGGUCGAGAGGCCGCUUCUAAGUUUCUGGAUUUACGUAACAAUGCAAUACAGGUCACUUGCUCUUCUAGCUACUUCCAGAGAUACUAUGUUACACACAAAGAUGUGGCACUCCCGCAGGUUUGGCCUCGCUCAAAUGAUCAACCUCUCACUCCCCCGGAUGCCAGGCAUAAACUUGUUUACUUUUCUGGACGUAUACAAAACUCUCGUAUUCGCAAAGAGCUGAUAGCUGUAUGGGGGAAUGAUUCUUAUAUGGACAUUUUCUUUGGAAGUACACCUUUUCCUUAUGAAGAAGGUUUUAGGAAGAGCAAGUAUUGCCUCCAUGUCAAAGGUUAUGAGGUGAACACUGCUAGAGUAAGUGAUUCCAUACAUUAUGGAUGCAUUCCUGUUAUUAUUUCCAACUACUAUGACCUUCCAUUUGCUAAUGUUUUGAACUGGAGCAAGUUUUCAGUUAUUAUCAACCAAGGAGAAAUAGCCUUCAUCAAAAAGAGACUUUUAUCAAUAACAAGACAGAUGUACCUAGAUAUGUACCAAAAUCUAUGCCAAGUUCGGAAACAUUUUUUGUGGCAUAAAACACCAAGGGGUUUUGAUUCCUUCCAUAUGACUGCUUACCAGUUGUGGCUGAGAAGAAGCAUGCAUCGCCUAUCCCACUAAUUCUCCCUGUUGUCUCAACAUGUUAAGUACUUGGAGGGCUGUAUGAAGUUUCACAUUGUGGCUACUUGCUCAAAAGAGGUUCUUUCUAUGUUUUCAACGCAUUCCAUGCUGGUGAUUACUUCAACAUAGUCUGGUUUGGGUCACCUUUCAAGAUUCUUUUUUAAUCCAAAUGGCUAUAAGUAUCUGGAACCCACUGUGGGAAUAUGAAUUUUCAUUCUUUUUAAGUGAAAAUAGUACCCAAAAAUUGUUACCCCUUGACUAUCCAAUAAUGGACUAGCUGAAUCCUUAUUUCACAGAACGCAAGCCUUCCAAAGGCUUGCAGGAAGAGACUAAUGGACAUUUGACUACCAUUGCCUCUUGCUUCUAGAAUUGUGCAGGAGAGCAGAAAGGAGGGUGGAAGCCUUCAAUGAACUUUUGAAAUUAGGACUUAGAAAGAAUCAAACCAAGAGAAUUGUUCAUAGAUGCAGGUGUGAAUCCAAAUUGCUUGAUGACUACAAAUAUGAUUCAAGUGCUCAUAGAUGCAGGUGUAAAUCCAAAUUGGUUGAUGGCUACAUAUAUGACUAUGUGAUCCAAGUAGUCACAAAUGCAAGGUAAAUCCAUUAUAUUUGUAAUAGGUGGCAUUGGUCUUGUUGAUGGAUUUUUUUCCCCUAUUGUUAUGUUUGGCAUGGAUAUUGCAUAGUGUUUACGCUAUGUCUUUAACUCCCGUGUUUACGCUAGAAAAGAAAGAUUGUUGUGGUA